CGCCCCGCGCCGGCCCAGCCGCAGGAUGCGCGCCCCGCCGCUGCUGCUAUUCCUGGCCGCCUGCGCGCCGCCGCCCUGCAGCGCGGCCAUCCCGACGCCGCCUGGCUGGGAGCCGGCGACCGACGCGCCCUGGUGCCCCUACAAGGUGCUGCCCGAGGGCCCCGAGGCGGGCGGCGGGCGCCUGUGCUUCCGCAGCCCCGCGCGCGGCUUCCGCUGCCAGGCGCCCGGCUGCGCGGCGCACGCCUCGGCCGGCCGUUCGCUGCGCGCCAGCGUCCUGCGCAACCGCAGCGUCCUGGUGCAGUGGCGCCUGGCGGCGGCCGAGGCACGCCACGUACGCGCCUUCGCGCUCAACUGCUCGUGGCGCGGCGCCUACACGCGCUUCCCGUGCGAGCGCGUGCUGCUCGGCGCCUCCUGCCGCGACUACCUGCUGCCCGACGUGCACGACGGCGUGCGCUACCGCCUGUGCCUGCAGCCGCUGCCGCCGCGCGCCGACCCCGCCGCCGCGGAGCCGGCGGGGCCCGCCGAGUGCGUGGAGUUCGCCGCCGAACCGGCCGGCAUGCGGGAGAUCGUGGUGGCCAUGACGGCGGUGGGCGGCUCCAUCUGCGUCAUGCUCGUGGUCAUCUGCCUGCUGGUGGCCUACAUCACCGAAAACCUCAUGCACCCGGCCUUCGGGCGCCCGGGCCUGCGCAGGCAGCCCUGAAGGCUGGCGGCCCGCGCCCUGCUCCCCGUGCCUGCUCCCGCCUUAGGAUCUCCACGCAGGGCCCGCUCCAGGGCCUCGGAGUCAUUGCACGACCUUCCCAGCCGGGCAUCCUCCUCCCAGACUCCAGCUUGGGACUGGCCCGUGGCCUGGGCGAGGGGUCACUGCCGCGCCCAGGACUCUCCCCGCUCUCCAGAGGCCUUUAUAGGGGCCGCCAGGGCAUAGAGCCCCUUCUAGUAAGAGCCAUUGGGUCGUCACCCUGCACCUCCAGCCUGUGCCAAGUUGGAAGAGCCAGGCUGUCGUCGUUGCUUUGUCACUGUGUGCUCUGCCGGUCCAGGGGGCCCCUGGAGACUGCCCUCUCCCCUCCCACCCCUGUGGGCUUAGGGUAGCUUCGUGCCUUAGCAUCUCGGGCCCACUGUGGGAGCCCACUGCCACAUCUCCUGUGCUGUCCAACCAGGUCUGUGGCCCUGAGACUGGCUGGCUUUGUGUGUGCUGCUGGCCAGACCCCUCUGGGGAUUCCCCUUUCAAGCUUUGCAGGAGCGUCCCGUGGUAUUUCCCUACAUGGGUGUCUGACAAGCUGGAAGCCAUGUCGUAGCAACAGGUGAGGCCCAGUGUCCAGCUGCUGUGUACAGGCGUGAGUGCCCUCUGACCUUGGGGAAAACUGGUGGUUCUAGGGCUAACCCCCCCCUUGUGCGCAUGCUCCCUCUGAUGAGGACUUUCCAUAGCGGGUGGGGGCAGGUGGCUGGGAAGGGAGGGCCAGGUCUGAAAGGACAGUGCUGUAUCCAGAGAGCAGAAAAAUAGAUGCCAGCCCUGCCCGGCUGGACUUCCUACUGCGGUCCGAUCCCUAGCCUCAACCACGGCAUGAUGGACAGCACUGGCCAGACCGCACCUCGGGUGGUGGCCAGGAGCCCAGGAUCUGGCUGGUCUCAUUGCUACUUGCCCACCCACCCACCCUCGACUGGAGGCUGGCCUCACCCCUCUCCUGGCCUGGGCACUCUGUUCAGGGCUGCUUCCUUUUCUUCCCACCUGGUGGUGCUGGUGCUGGGAGGGGCAGGGCGCACCCAGCUGACUGUGACCGUCCCAGACCUGGCACAUCUGGAGUCACUGUGGCUGACCCUCCCCACCCUCGCUCCAGCGGCCCCAGACCUUCGCUGGUGACCGCUCCCUACCUCUGUCUGCUCUGCCUGCCCCUGGCAUGGCACUGGUCAGGUGUGAGCCUGGGGCCAGUGUCUCAAUGUCCAUCAAUCUUAGACCAAAA